CCUAUAAUUAUUUCAAUUUGUUGUGACAUCCAGAUUUUUCACAUGGAAAUCAUGCACGAAAGAUCGUCUGCUUUAACCAGUCAAGGCAGCCCCUGCAUCCUUUAUUUAUAGCGUUUUGCUACGACUGACUUGCAGCGAAACUCAAUUCUCUUGGUCCCUGAUCCUAUUUCUUCAUUAUGGAGGGUUUUGUUUCUCUGAGGACACCCACACCUCCUCUUUACUUUCCCUCCCUCAAUCCCUCACCCACUCAUUUCUUUUUCCGACGUUCAUUUUCACCCUCCAACGCUGUCCUUUUCUCUCCCAUUCGAGCGCAACUGAGUGAGAAAAAGGAUGGAUCGACUACGAUUUCUGCUGUGAAGGAGGAUGCUGAAACUGCUCUUAAAGUGAAAGACUGGGAAGUGCGGAUGUUCCAAAAUGAAGUGGCUGCCAUCCAAGGAAUUAGAAUUAGGAGAAGACCCCCCACUGGCCCUCCUUUGCACUACGUUGGACCCUUUGAGUUUCGGAUUCAGAAUGAGGGCAAUACUCCGCGCAACAUUUUAGAGGAAAUUGUGUGGCACAAGGAUGCCGAGGUUUCGCAAUUGAAAGAGAGAAAACCACUUGCUAUGCUCAAGAAAGCCCUUGACAACGCUCCACCCGCUAGAGAUUUUAUUGGAGCUCUUAGGGCUGCCCACGAACGGACUGGUCUUCCCGGUUUGAUUGCUGAAGUAAAGAAGGCUUCUCCCAGCAGAGGAAUCCUCAGAGAGGAUUUUGAUCCUGUUGAGAUUGCUCGAGCUUACGAGCGAGGUGGAGCAGCAUGCCUCAGUGUUUUAACUGAUGAGAAGUAUUUUAAGGGAAGCUUUGAAAAUUUGGAGGCAAUAAGGAGUGCUGGAGUAAAGUGCCCUUUACUGUGCAAGGAAUUCAUUAUUGAUGCGUGGCAGAUCUAUUAUGCCCGGUGUAAGGGUGCAGAUGCAAUUCUUUUGAUUGCUGCUGUUUUGCCAGAUCUUGACAUCAAAUACAUGACUAAGAUCUGCAAGAUGCUUGGUUUGGCUGCACUUGUGGAGGUUCAUGAUGAGAAGGAAAUGGAUCGUGUUCUUGGCAUAGAGGGGAUAGAACUUAUUGGUAUCAACAAUCGUAACCUUGAAACAUUUGAGGUUGACAUUAGUAAUACUAAGAAACUUCUUGAAGGAGAGCGUGGCCAAAAGAUUCAUCAAAAAGACAUAAUUGUAGUUGGUGAAUCUGCUCUAUUUACUCCUGAUGAUAUUGCAUUUGUACAAGAAGCUGGUGCCAAAGCUGUUUUGGUUGGGGAGUCAAUUGUGAAACAAAGUGACCCAGGGAGGGGAAUCGCCGGACUUUUUGGCAAAGACAUUUCGUUAUGAGCUUAUGGUAGAUGCUUAUAUUCUUUCAAGUUUUGGGAAUGGAGAUGGCUCAUACACCCUCCAAUCUCAUUUCUGCCUGCAUAUUAACUUAAUCCGGCCUCCCUUUUAUUUUCUUGUUUGAAUUUUGUUGUGAAUAAUAACAUAUUGUAUUUGUACAUGAUGACCUGAAUGCCAUUUUCUUUAAAUUUUUGUAUUAAAAAGUGUAACCCAGUAAUAUUGUUCCAUUUUUAUAAAUUAAUACUUAGUCAGA